AUGUCAGUUGACCCUUCUAAUAGGGGUAUCAAAGUGAACCCUUUAUACGACCUCGUUAUUAAAGUGAACCCUUCAUACAACCUCGUUAUGAAAGUGAACCCUUUAUACGACCUCGUUAUUAAAGUGAACCCUUUAUACGACCUCGUUAUUAAAGUGAUCCCUUUAUACGACCUCGUUAUUAAAGUGAACCCUCUAUACGACCUCGUUAAUAAAGUGAACCCUUUAUACAACCUCGUUAAUAAAGUGAACUCUUUAUACGACCUCCUUAUUAAAGUGAACCCUUUAUAUGACCUCGUUAUUAAAAUGAACCCUUGUUACGACCUCGUUAAUAAAGUGAACCCUUUAUAUGACCUCGUUAUUAAAGUGAACCCUUUAUACGACCUCGUUAUUAAAGUGAAACAUUUAUACGACCUUGUUAUUAAGGUGAACCCUUUAUACGACCUCAUUAUUAAAGUGAACCCUUUAUACGACCUCAUUAAUAAAGUGAACCCUUUAUACGACCUCAUUAUUAAAGUGAACCCUUUAUACGACCUCGUUAAUAAAGUGAACCCUUUAUACGACCUCGUUAUUAAAGUGAACCCUUUAUACAACCUCGUUAUUAAAGUGAACCCUUUAUACGACCUAGUUAAUAAAGUGAACCCUUUAUACGACCUCGUUAUUAAAGUGAACCCUUUAUACGACCUCGUUAUUAAAGUGAACCCUUUAUACGACCUCGUUAUUAAAGUGAACCCUUUAUACGACCUCGUUAUGAAAGUGAACCCUUUAUACAACCUCGUUCUUAAAGUGAACCCUUUAUACGACCUCGUUAUUAAAGUGAACCCUUUAUACGACCUCGUUAUUAAAGUGAACCCUUUAUACGACCUCGUUAUUAAAGUGAACCCUUUAUACGACCUCGUUAUUAAAGUGAACCCAUUAUACGACCUUGUUAUUAAAGUGAACCCUUUAUACGACCUCGUUAUUAAAGUGAUUUCAAAAGAAAUUUAUUAG